AAAGGCAUAUGUAUACACACACUACAGGGAAGAUGGCGAUAGUCCAGGUGAGCUAGCUCAAAGAACGCAAGUUUCUUGUGACAUUUGUGCUCUGUCUUGGAUUUCAAUAUUGUGAUUUUUCUGUCAUUUCGGAGUUUUUAUUUAACAAUGACGCUUGAAUAUUGUCGAUCUCUGAAGAGGACAGGUGUGCUCAGGUGACGGUAGGAUUGAUUUCGUUUGUAAAAUGAGGUCACCGGUAUUAUACUUAUAUGUGUGUACAUAGACUUUUUACAUAGGUUAGUCUACAAACAGUUACCGAGUUACUGUCAAAGAGACGUACAUUUUAACUGUCACAACCUAAAAUUGUAUAAUUUUCAGUAUAAACAAUUAUCAAAGACAAUGAUUAGAUAUAUAUUCAAACAUUUUCUGACAGAUUCCUGAAGUUAUUGACACAGCACUCGGGUAAUAUACAGGUAGACAUACCUGAAUGACAAUCCCUUGUAGGUAGAUCUAUUUAUAGUUUUGUAGUCAAAUCAGCUACCAGGAUGAGUUUGUUUUCUUGGAAGCGGAAUUUGUCAAUAAGUGAAAAGGAGCCGACUUAUAAAGUCCGUUACCUGGGAAACGUCCAGACAGCUAUGAUGAAAGGUGAUGGCUGUGUGGACAAACCUGCUGCAGUUAUAUGGAAUAAUUAUGUGAGAAGUUCAAACCCAGGGCUUGAAAUGAAAUUGACCGUUACAAGUUACGGUUUAAAAGCAUUUACGAAAGAACAAGGACUUACGGAAUAUAGAGCUCAUAGAAUAUCCUAUUGUAUUGCUCAUCCAAAGUACCCUCGAGUGUUUGUCUGGGUUUACCGACACGAGGGGAAAAAGAUGAAAAUGGAGCUCCGUUGCCAUGCUGUUUUGUGUAAAACUGAAGCCAAGGCGAAAGCUUUGGCAGUGCAUCUUCACGAAAAGUUAAAUUUUGCAUUAAAAGAAUUUAUGCGUGAAAAGACACGACGACAAAAUUCUCGUCUUACACUUCAGAGGACAAAUUCUCUGCCACAGUCAGGUCAGGUGUUGCCAAAAAGGACACAGUUUUUGAGUACUGGUCAACACUUCAAACCACCAAUAUCAAAAUCGAACACAGCACCGCGUCUUGGUUCGAUUGUGGAGGCCCAUGAGACUACAGAGGAAAGCUUUGAGUGUGUAGAGGAGGAGGACGAAUCAACGAUUACUGAUGAUUCGUUAGAUGAGGAAGAAGCUCUAAAACAUGCACUCAGUGACCCCACCCUUGACUCUCCAGCACUGCACGAAGCAAAAAUGGAGGUGAUUUGUCAGAGAAUUAUUGAUUUAGAAAUUGGUAAUGACAUUGAUGAGCUGAAACGUGACGAAGAUGUGAAAUUCUGUAUCACCAAUGGUGACUCUGACGACGAGUCGUCAGAAUCUGGAUUCCAUGAGGAACAAACGGAGCCUGAUCAGGACCAAGAAGAAAUGACCUUGACCUGUGAAGGGGUCAAAGACAAUAUUGAAGGCGACAUGGCCGACCUUGACCUCUUAGAUGAUACUGUCUGUGACAAUCCGGUGGGAAAUUACAUCGAGGAGAGGACAAUUGUGACAAGUUUAUGAUGGUGAGCUGUUGACAGGUAGAAAUUCCUCUGGAGGAUGACAAGAUAGGAUCAGACAGUUGACUAACCAAAGCAUGGAUAUCCUGCAACAUAAUCCUUACCAAGGGAGCAUGAAACAUAAAGCAAUGACAACACCACAAAGAACAUGCUUCUUAGGAUGUCAACAGUCGGCAUGGAACGGUAAAAGUGCUGUAUAUGGUUAGAAGAUAUUAGACUAGGAGCUGGUGGUCAGGAGAUAAUGUACUGUAUGCCUUAAGACUGUGGGCUCAUGGUCAGGAGAUUCUGUACUGUAUAUCUUAAGACUGUGGGCUCAUGGUCAGGAGAUACUGUACUGUAUGCCUUACGACUGUGGGCUCAUGGUCAGGAGAUAAUGUACUGUAUGUCUUAAGACUGUGGGCUCAUGGUCAGGAGAUAAUGUACUGUAUAUCUUAAGACUGUGGGCUCAUGGUCAGGAGAUACUGUACUGUAUGCCUUACGACUGUGGGCUCAUGGUCAGGAGAUAAUGUACUGUAUGUCUUAAGACUGUGGGCUCAUGGUCAGGAGAUAAUGUACUGUAUAUCUUAAGACUGUGGUCUCAUGGUCAGGAGAUUCUGUACUGUAUAGUACCUAAUAUAAGCUUAUGGUCAGAAAGGAAUGGCCACUGAGACAACUGACCACAAUAAGAAUGGACUCCCUAUAUCUGAUCACAGGAAGGCGGUGUACAAUUGACGCUGAAACCACAGCAAGGAUGUGUUCAUUUUAAACUACGAUGUCCACGCGAGUGAAGAGUUAUUUUUAGAAUCUCCAUAUAGUUGGAUAUUGUAAAUCAUGUAUGGUAAAUCAGUAAAAUUUACCAUGGAAGUGCCAGUGUACAUAGUUUGAUUUUAAAUAAACAUUUCUUAUUGAACAUUCCAACCAGAUAAAAGCCAAAUAGGUGAUUCCAGAGAGAAUAUUGAAAUUCAUGGAAUGUUGAUGUGAUUUUUGUGAUGGUUUCAGUGAUUUCACUCUAUACGUUAUAUGGUUAUGUACAGGUUGAUGUGAUAAGUUUUCUUACUUCAGUGUUGAUAUUAAUUAUGUAAAGGAUGUGUGUGUAAUAUCAAAUGAAAACUCGAUACAAUUCUAUACUUUUAACUAAUUAUAAGGACCACGAUACUAGUUUGGAUGACGUUUUGUGAUAUUUUGUCGGUGAAUUUUAGAUAUAUGUGACCAUAUUUGGACAUGUACAUGUAUAGUACACGAUAUUUGUAAUAUUUGUGAUAAUAUUAAGUAAUUUGUAUCAGUUGAAUAUGAAUGUAUGAUAGUGGAAUAUCGGGGGGUUUGACAUUGCUUUUGUUUGAACGACUUGUUUAUUGGUCAUGACCCACGGUCUCCGCCAUUUAUCAACAAUGUAACAUUUAGUGUAAUCAACCAAUGGAAUCCUUUCUUACAUACACAUUUUCAGAAGCCAGUUAAAGGAAUAAGUUACUACAUUAAACGAUCCACAAUUCUUUUACUUGUAAAUGCAGGUCUGAAUUGUUAAAGAUGAGGAAAAUGUCUUGAGAUGGCAGGACACAAAGGAGGGCAAAUAAUGAUGUUAUCCGUAAUAUCAUACGACAUAUGUAAUCUGGUAGUGAUGUUUGUAUAUUAAACAAUACUUUUUGUAUAUUCCUUAGAUUGUAUUAAUUUAACACCAGUUAUAUUAUCAAUAUGUUUACAAUAGCAAUAUACUUAUUGUUAAAAAAUGAAGUACUGAAAAACGAGAAUUGUUUUUAAAUGAUUUUCUAACUCUUUUUAAAGAAACUUUAAAUAGUUUUUUUUACUGAACCAGAAACGGCUGUAUAAUUGUUUGAACCUGUGAUAAGCCCUUGGUCGUGACUCUCUCCUCCCUCAUAUUUGUUUCUUUAUAACUGUCAAGGAGUUGAAACAUCCAUGAAAUAUGGCCGUGGAAUUUCUUUAUCCUUCAAAAGUCUUGCAUGAACAUGUGAUCGGUUGUUUCUUUUAUAUAUAUUCGCAAUUUCACAGCGAUACGAAAAUCGGAAAAUGUUACCUUUUAAUCCAUAUCGGAAGGACAACACUUUCUUUUAUCUCAGGUCUGUGAAUUCAAAGAUGACAGUUCAAAAGUUACCAUCAGUGAUUGCCUGUAUAGCUUGAAAUGUCUUUUAUUCUGCAUGAACAGUUCAUUCCCAAAUUUAAUUAGACAUUAGAAAAGAAAAAAAAAAAAAAAAUCAAUUGGUUUGAAUUUGGCAUAACGAGAUAUGAAUGUACAUUAGUAUAAAUCUUGGGUGGAUAGACAAUCAGUAAAUAUAAUUCCUUUUCGGACUUAUUAUUCGACCUCUCUAGCAAGUCUUUUUACCAUUUCCGGUACUGAUCCCAUAAAGUAUCGAAUGAUGAUGAACCCUUCCUUUGAAAGUUAUACUGCAUGUAGUUAUGUCUAAGAAGAUUCAGACCCAACAAAUGCUCUGAUUAUUCGCAGACUUUCUGUGACUCAUAUUCACCUAGACUUCAUAUGCUUCUGCUUUCCACCUGAUAUGCUAUGCAUGAUCCAUUGGCCAGGGGUCAAGGUUUUCAAUUGUUAUGGAAAUUGGUCACUUCAAAAUUACUUGUUCAUGUUUCAGUCGAUCAUCAACUUUCCUUUUCAUGUCAAGAACUCGAUGGUCAAAGUCAUUGUUACUACAAAUCAUUGAACAUGGCCAUUUUUCAGCUCACAGUGACUCAAGUUCACGUCGACAGAUGAAAUUCAUAUACAAAUGAACAUUUUGCUUAAGUUUUUAUGAAAAGUAUUUGUAUGAGAUUGGCGUCACGUCCAUAAUAUAUAGUCAGUGUCACUAUAAAUAUGUUAUUUCGAGUCAUACGAUAGACCUAGUACUCUCAAGGUGAUAAAUUACUUCCUUCAUAAAGAACUUAAUCACCAAUGGUAGCGAGUGGGGAACAUUUUCAGAGGUUAGUUGUCAAAAGGUCAAAGACAUCUUGAUAUCUAAUAUCACAAUAUAUCCUUCCACGGCCGUCAUCAUAUAUGAUAAGAUCUAUAGAAAUAACCUCCCCACCAUUACCAUCUUGGGUCUCACUUUUCCACACCCCAUGGGCUUAUUAAAGGUAAACGCAAUCACUGACAUUGCUGUUUGUGUUCAUGUUGCUUUAGACCAAACGUCUUCUUCAGCAAUUGAGGUGAUGUACUCCUUAUUCUGAAAUAUAUUUAUUUUAGCCGAUUACUAAGGUAAGUCUGUCAACAGUGGUAUCAGAUAUACGAGAUGAAGAUUUUUAUAAUGAUAUAAUAAAAAUAAUUUAAAUGCAGAUUGAUAUAUUAAUAUCGUGAAAGACAUUGUUAAUCAUACAUGUAUACGAGACGCUAUAGUGAAGGAGGUUGUAACAUUACAAGGAACAUAUAUUAGCUCAUUUUCCUACAGAUUAUGUCGGGAGUUAUUUCUGAUUUCAUUGGUACAUUUGUGCAUAUGUAGAUUUUAACUUUGUAGGUCAAACUUGUAAUAACGCAGACCUGGGAAAAUAGAUGAGGGUAAAAAUCUCUGUAUCGGUAUAAAUAGUCAAUAACAAUUAAUUUUCGGUCUGAAGUAAAAUGUCUUUGUGUUGUUAAUCUGUGUGGAUAAUGACUAUGACAACACAAUACAAUAGUAAUCCCAAUAGUACGCCAGAGUUACUUUAAACGCAUAGCAUCUACGAUAUCUCAUCUAAACACGUCUAUUUUAAUUUAUAUACUUAUAUCAAGCGUAAUGAAAAAAGUAGGAGACGUUCUUUUAUCUUGAUUAUUUCACAGGAAAUGCGAUUUUUUUUUUGAAUAUUGGUAUAUCUUUAAUUAGGAUUAUGGCCUUAAAACAAACAAUUUUAAGAUUUUUUUUCCAAAAACAAUCAAUCAACUUUGGGAGUUGUUUCUCCGAAAACUGGACUAUAUUAUCUUAGAUACUAUGAUUGUGUAUUUUGUAUUUCUCGGCAUGAAUUAUGUAUUUUGGAUAAAAGACGUCUAAACCUACAUGGUAUACCCUCAAUUCUGAGUAACAUUUAGUAUCACUACCAUCAGCUCUGCCUAUACCAGGCGAUGCCAUUUGUGUAACAUUUGAUGGUUAAGACAGUUUAUGUAUUCAAUCUCCAACACUUGCAUGCAGACGUUUCCUUACGUAACUAACACCAAAAAGCCCUUAACACUACACAAUUCAUUUUUGUAGAAGAAAGUCACUGAUUGCUAUGAAGGUGGUACAGCGAGAUAUUUGUUAUACAAUCUUGGUAUGGGGUAAUAAUUAUUCACACUUUUAGGGAUAAACAACUUCCCAUUCCAGACAUAUCACCUGUCUGCCUAUAAUACAAGCACCAGGUUUUCCCUUCUGUGUAUUGAGACAUCAUUAUCAGAAUAUGAGCUUGAAACAUGCAGACAGUAGUCUUGAUAAUGACACAAUUUGAUGUUUUAUGAUAAAGUUGACAGUCUUUUAUAUGUGCUUCAGUAAUUUCAGUUGAAUACAUACAGCUGUUUUAUCGAAAGUAUUAAUAGGAUGAUGAACAAACUGACACAGAACUGUAAUUUUCUGACCAGUGAUAGUGGUUAGUCUGCCUGAACACUUCUCUCUUUUAGGAACCGGGUUCUUAAGAUUGUUGUUCAGGACUCCUUUUGGCCUAAUAGUGAUACAAUGCUUGAUGCAAUGCUUGCUUAAGAUAAGGUUUCAUUUUGUUAUGAUUCAACAUACAUGAGCCGAAAGUUGUGAAUAUUCAUGCUAUUAAAAUGUAAUUGUGUUUUAUUCUUUUUGGAAAAAAUUCCGUUGAAUAGAGAAAAUUUGUAGAAAAACUUUCAUUGACUUCCUCAUAAAUGACUUCAUCAAAUUAUGUUGUGGUGUACAUACUGAUAAUUUAGAAACCGUUCAAGGUAAAUUGUCUGUUAUUCACUUUCAUUAUGGAUUUUAUAUCAAAAUCUUAACUUUUAUCAAAACAAAUUUUAAUUAUUAUAUUUUUAACCGUUUGACGAAACUGCAUACAGGUAUAUAAUUGAUCCAUGACAAUUUCAAUUAAACACAUUUGAUAUAUUGUUUAAAAUUGUAUAAACGAUAUAGCAUGUGAGUUAAAUGUAUUUAUUAUAUGCUAUUACACAAUGAUAUUUUAAUAUUCAUAUUAUGGGUUGAAUUAUGUACAUCCUCAACUUUUGGGAGAAAAGGUACAUUUUGUGUAGAUACGUUAUAAGGAAAAAUCCAUUUUGUAUCCUCAAAAAUGAUGAUGUUAAACUAAUAUAUUAGAUUAAUUACAAGUAUAUUCCAAUUUAAAGAAUAUUUUUUGGAGUUGAUAUAUAUAUAUUUAUAUUCACCUGCUCAAUUAUAAAAUAAAGUGGAUUCCACACACAUUUGUAUAUCGUAUAAUUAUAGUAUUUUAACAAUUGUCGACAUGAUCUCCCUAAACAUAAUAUAUUGUGAAAUACAAUUUCAUGUUUUCAAAGCAUACAGACCGAUAAUGUACUAUUGAUAUAAUGAUACUGUGAUGAAAGGGUGACUUCUUUCACAUUAACUUAGUAACAAAUAAAAAUACAUGAACUGUGGUAGUCUUUAGCAUUACUGAGAUACGCUGUAACAGCAAUGUCGCCAUCAGAAUAACCUUUGAAUUUUGUUUUUAAGUGAACAUUUAUAUGUGAAAACCCCCAUAUUUGAUCGGUUAUCUGUACAUUGAGGACACUUUAAUACCCCCCGGAUGUCCAUUUACGAACCUAACACCUGAUAUGUUAUUGGUAUAAUCUGGUUUUCUCCUUCGUGAAUUAGUUACCAAAACAGGAAGAAAGUAUCAGUACCUUUGGAUUUUGGCUGUAGUGAAACUCAUUCAGGUAAAUUGGUAUAAAACUGGUCUUCCCCCUUUGUGAAAUACAUGUAGUCAUCAAAACAGGAAGAAAAUGUAUCAAAUUCAGAAACAUGAGAAAAUAUCGAUACCUUUGGAUUUUGGCUGUAGUGGACAUACUUUUGUAUAUCGGGGCUGGAUACAUUCAAGUAAAUUGGUAUAAAACUGGUCUCCCUCUUUGUGAAUUAGUUAUAAAACAGGAAGAAAAUGUAUCAAAUCAAGAAACAUGAGAAAAUAUCGGUACCUUUUUAUUUUGGCUGUAGUGAACAAUUUUUUGGGGUAUACUUGUAUAUUAGGACUGGGUAUAUUCAGAUAAAUUAAUAUAAAACUGGUUUUCCUCUUUGUGAAUUAGUUAUAAAAACCGGGACGAAAGGCUAUCAAUUUAAGAAACUUAAAAUUACCGGUUCCUUUGGAUGGUGAACAUAUUUUAGGACAUACAUGUAUAUCAGACUGGAUAUAUUUGGCGUAUUUCCACAAGUAGUGAAGGAAACGCCUAAAAUAACUUACAGAUUUGUAUACACCAGAUAAUGUUGAUCUAGGCCAGUAAAAAUAUCCAAUCUGAUACAGAGUCAUUACAGCUAGAAAUAGUAUUGUGAUAACGUAUACUUAUACCGGUUAUUUAUAUAACUAAAUAUAAUCACCGUUCAAUUUUAAUCACCGAAUAGUGAUAACAUUGAUAUUGUUUUGUUGAAAUAUAGCAUUAAUAUCAGAAAGCGAUUUCAGUACUGAUUUUGUUACAUGUAUGUAGAUAACUUUUAAUUAAUACAUAAGUGUAGAUUACUAGCUCGGUAAAUCCUCGUUCAACCGUCAAGAUCUCCUAAUGUGCACGUGCAAUUGUUUCAUCCAAGGUAAGGCAGAUAUAUCUUUACCGACAGGAAAAAUUAAUAACACUUAAUAUAUGCCGUGAUUGUAGAGAGAAACGUGUACAGAUGUAGAUAAAAAAAAUUUGUCUUUUUUCUUAUCCUUAUUGAUGUCUUGAUUGCUGUAUGUCAUCAUAAAUAAAGAAAAAAAACUUACUUGUAAAUUACUUUUCCGCAGAAAAUAUUCGUUUUCCUGGUUUUAGUGAGGUAUUGGUUGAGAUCGCCAGGGCAACUGUUUGUACGAAAAGGUAAUUUGUGCAGUACGAUUUUUCACUUCAUUUUACGUAAUUAUUAUUAAAUUGUUCUCUGAUUUUUGAUUGAAGAAGAUAUAAGCUGUCACAAAUACUAGCCAUGAACAUUAUACUUGUUGUAUAGUCACAAUUGUAUAAUAUUAUCUCAACACAUUUAUAUAUAAUUGGUAUCAAGAUACAUCAUGUUCAAUAUUUGAAAUAUCAGCCAUCUUGUGCAAUAUUCUUCUAUCUUAUCUGCCAAUGAAAUGUUAUGUUAUAUUUUCAUUAUAAUCUAUUGACCAAUCAAAUGGUAUGUUUUAUUUUGUCGUGUAUAUAUUGACCAAUUGUUUUGUUACAUUUCCGUUAAAUUUGUUGUUGAUUUAUCUCUCUCUCUCUCUCCAUAUAUAUAUGUACGUUACAUUAGGUGAGAUGCAUGGUUACUAAAACCCGUAACUAUCGCUUAAUAUGAUUAACAAAAUAAUUCAUAUAAGGGCUUAUUUCGGUGUUAAGUUCAAUUUAUACUUUUAUAUAUUUGAUAUGUUCUUUUAGUAGUCAACUAACCUAAUACGGCGAGUAAGUCUUCGAUACAAACCUUUUAUGACGACACUAUAAUUUAAAAUGUUUUGGAUGGGUCAAUUUUUCUAUGAAAAAAAAUGAAAGAGGUAAUUAGUGCUUGUCUGAAUUUUACUGUACACGAAAUUAGCAAAAAGAAUUGAAACACUUUUACAAUAACCACCUUUCUCCAAUAAGUGAAAACAUCUUUACUGAAAUGAGAUAUCCGGCAUAUAUUUCAACAUUAUCAUUUUUAAUUGAUCAAUAAAUACCAGAUAUUUCCAAUGUCUGCAUGUGCGAAGUUAAAAUAUAUCACAAAAACAUAAUUACUGUUCGAGGAAAGUGAUUUCUAGAUCUCUUGAGGCCUCUCUGUCUUUACUGGAUAGUUAAUAGAACCGGCGACGUGUUAAUGUGAUUGAAACACGCAGCAUAGGGAUAUAUCUGUAGGAUAUAGGUAUUGAGAUUGAAACAGAGAAUAUCUUAAUCGCCUUGAUGUCAGGCUAUAGGACAACAUCGCUUGAAAAAUACUAUGAAGAGGUUUGUGGCCAUUGUACACUGGAUUACCACGGUUGUCAUUUGUUUGGUGUUUCAUAUUUUAUUGUUUUUUGUAUGCAUCCGAACCAAUGGUUUUAGUCAUGUACAUCAUUAGGUAAACGAACAAACAAGUUGUGUCAGAAAUAUAGCAGUAAACGUUUCAAACGUGUGUUUUUUAAUUGUUUCACAGAACGGCAAACAAAUGGAUAACACAAGUCUAAAAUCAUCAAUGAAGCGUUAGAAUAGUGACAUCUAUUUUUAUGUGUUUAUUAAUCAAAUAUCAACCCAUGCAUGUACUUCAAAAUGUCCUUCUAGGUAUGAGGUCAAAUAUUUUACUUUCUUUGAUUUUUUUCAUCAAUCUUCUACCAUUCAGUUAAAUGUCAUUCAUUACAGAGUAAAUUAGGAGCAAAAAGGAACCAUUCUAAUCAUUAGAAUAUAAUCUUAAUGAAAGAUGCACAUCAUAUAUUGAUUUUCCUUGUUAUUUAACUGUUUUCGAGAAUCUCUUGUAUAUUAAGUGUUCAAGCUGUUACGACGUAAGGGAGAUCAUCCCGGAGGCAGUGCUAUAUGUGACACGAGUUUUAUCCAUUUCUUAAACAAUGGUGUUUCUUUACGGACCAAGAUAAACGUAAGUCCGUGGUUUUAUGUAGACCAAUAUCAUGUAAAUGUCCAUCAGGUUGAAGUCGUUUAACUUAUAUUUUUUAUAAAUAGAAGAAAACCAGAUUUCAGCUCACUAUGCGGCUCGUGUUUAGAAAUGAGUGCUUGUCUCCUUCUAUGACUUUGUUAUCUUUGUGGAUUUGUACAUCACAUUAUCUACACCACUGUUUACAUAUUUACCUAUUAAAAUGACGUAAUCUGAA